GAAAGAGGUAAAAGUAAAUCCGGUAGUAAAACAACAUCCCCGUCAGUAGCCGAUAGGGAGGCGAAGCGAGAACGGGAUAGGGUAUGAUUUCAAUUUCUUGAUAUCUUCGCCUUUGAAAUGGUAAUUUCAGGCCUCCAUAAUUUCUUUGUUCUAACAUUGUUUACGCUUGCAUCUUUCCCUAAAGAGGCUCUUAAUAAUAAAGUGUCAUGCUCAUGUCAUGAUCUCAAUACAACAUCAACAUCACCCUCACUGUUUAGGCAAAGCAACUUGAGGAUGCAGUGCUUUUAGAACGGGCUGAGGAAUAUCUUGCGGCGCUGAAAAAGCGUGAUAAGCUGGAUUUCCAGCUCAAAGCCGCACAAAAUCGGAUAAAAGAGAUGCAGUACUCCAACUUCUCACUAGAACCUAUGUGAAUGAUGGUCAAGCAAGUCGAGUGGAAGUGGUCACAGCUUCAUCGAGUUACUACAGCUUGAUCUUGUUGCAUUCCUUUUCUUUGCACAAGCACAAUUCCGAGAUUUUUUACUACAAAAAAUUCUUUCAUGGUACAAAAAAAUGUCUCCUUUAUUUAUCCGUUUCUAUCUUCAGGGAGGAGCAGCGUUUUUUAGUCGAUGAACUGGGAAAGGUUGAUGUUGAAGGGGAAGUAAGGUUGAAAGCCAAGGACAAGGAGCUGGAGAUAGCACGCGAACAAUUGCGGCAAGCCGUUCAUAAGGUGCAUUACGACGCGAUAGAAAACGAAUUUGCACUCGGCAAUUCGCCUCCGUCGCAUAAGAUUCUGACAGGUUCUGGCUCGCCAACUGCACACCUGCAUGUGCCACGACCUGAAGACGUUUGGGUGGAUUCAAAAGACUAUAAGAGGUACAGAUGAGCCUGUUGAAAAAAAGACUAUAAGAGGUACAGAUGAGCCUGUUGAAUAGUCUAUAAGAGGUACAAAUGAGCUGGUUGAGUAUUUCUUUGUUUACAGUUGGUAUAAGAGGUACAAGUGAGCAUUACUUCAAGUCAAUUUCUACUUUUUCCGAGAAAGUCGAAGUCGUGAAGCAUUAACAUGAAGAGUACACGUUAUCCUUAGUUAUCCUUAUCGGUAUUGCAUUUUACUCAUGUUCGUUGCACAUGCAGUCUUUGUCUCAGCAUAGUACUAUAAGCAGUGGCGUCGUCCAUGAAGACGAACCAGAGAGCAACGAGUGAAGGACCCAACAAGUCGAAAGUUGUGGCAUUUUUUUAGCUCUGAA